AUGGCGCCCAAAGCCAAGGCGCCCGCUGCGGUGCUUCCCACCGAGGAGGAGCUGCUGGAGCUGCCGGAGGGGGUCUCUGUGCCGGACCCCUCCUUUGUCUUCGUGCUGGCUCAGGUGGUGAGCCACUCCUUCGCUGUGGAGGCGGAGGACGAUGCCCUCAGGGAGUUCGAUCCUGGCGAGUCCCUGGCAAAGUUAAGGGACUCGGAGGCCCACCUCCUCCUGGCGCGGGAGGACUUGGAGAGCUUCGCCGAGGGCGGGUCCUUGGCCUCGGGUUUGCGGCGCAAGGCGGAGGCGGAGGCGGCGUGCCGGCGCCGGAGGAAGGUGAACGCGGCCCGGCGCGCGGCCUUGGAGGGCACCGCCAGCGCGAGCGCAGCGAGCGCAGCUGGCGCAGGCCUGGAGAGUGUAGAUCUGAUGGUGGUGGUGUGCGGGUACCCGAGCACGGCGGCAGAGCUUGAGGAUCUGGCUUCUGAGGGGGUUUUUGAGCUGGCAGAUGCCUGGGUGUCGCUGCACCUCUCCGGGGAGAGUUUGGCGGAUGAGACGGAUGAGGUGGGCGUGACCAGAAGGAAAGCCUCACUCCUGGGCGCCCCAGAAGUCUUGUGCGCAUUGAGAGAACGGGUGGUCGGCGCAGACGAGGCGAGCCGUUUUGCUUCCGCCAUUGUCACGGAGCUCUACGACUGCCACACCUGGGCAUCGAGCGACCCGGGGGAGGAGGCGCCCAAUCCGGCGAUCUUGGCGGCGAUCUUGGCGGCGAUCACAUCAGCGGCCCAGCGGCGCAUGGCGUACAAAGAGUGGCUGCAGCUCUUCCCCAAGCGCCGCGUUGCAAUUCCCAACUCCCCAGACGCCUCGCAAGUCGGCACGACCUUAUACGAGCGCCUCGCCGGCUCUGUGGACCCUUCGCAUCACGAUGUUCCUUUUAUGCUCUAUUGCCUCUGCGAGCAGGUGAACCACUCUCUGAAGGGAGAUGGCCCAGAAGCUCCACAAAGGAACAAGCUUUCUGAGCAGAUGCAGGAAAACGCCCAGAAGGAGCUGUCACUGAUGGAGGAUUUCCUCCACGCGGCAGGGGAUAUCCUGUUGAUGGGUCCAGAUGCACCGCAGCCGGAGGAGACUGAGCCAGCUGAGGCCGAGGGGAGCCUCCUAGCGAUGAUGGAGCAGGAGGAGAAGGCUGCAGAAGGCCAGUUGGAGGAGCAGGCGCAUGUCCCGGGCAUGGCGCCGCCACCUGGGCUGGGCUCCAUCCCCACGGAGGAUGCCGAGGAGCAGAUCCUCCUCCACCACGACGCCGUGAGCUGCCGCCACGUGGGCGACACGCUGCCCGGGGGCAAGUCGGUGGCCAAGGAGCUGGAGAAGCUUCUCUCCCACCUCAACGGGCCGGGGGUGAACCGCUUGAACUUCCCCCGGGUCUCCAUGAGUGCGGCGGAACGCUCCGCGCACCGAAAUCGCAUCUACAAGCAUAUGCCCAGCAUGCCGGUGGUGGAGCUGGAGCGGCUGCUGCUGCUGGAGGAGUUCCGAAAGCUCCUGCAAGAGGCGCAGCCAGAGCGGCGCUGGGACCUCAAGGAUCGCAUGUUUCACGAGAAGAUCCCGUCGGCCCUGCUGUGCCAAGCGCUGAUGGGCGCCAUGGAACGCCGCGAGUAUUUUGUCAACAUGAAGUACAUGGAACGUCAAGAUUGCCUACUGCUGGCCUUGCACCAUCGCGCGCUGCCAGGUCGUGUGAUGUGGCAUUCCUGGGAAGGGGACCUCCUGUCGCUUCGGCACGAGGGCAAGACCUCCAAGCUGUGCCCCAUGCCCAGCUUCAACGACUGGUGGCAGCUCGUGUCAGGUCAACCCAGCCCAGCGCCGCCGGAUCAGCAGCCUGCGAAGAAGGGCCAGGCGAAGAAACGCGAGCCAGGCGCCUGGGUCGGAGCUGACAGCGCCCUACCGCCCUGCCCAGAGCAGGCGCUGGACUUGGAUGCCCGGGAGGUGGGCUACUGCAGAGCCAUCGAGAAGAUCCUGAUCCCCUCGGAUCGGUCAGUCAUCCUGAGGACAGCCUUCCAGCGCGGAGUCCGGGAAGCGGUGCCGGACUUGUCCAAGGACGGUGAGGCCGCCGAAUCAGGCUGUGGCCGAUGA